AUGAGCUGCAACUCGAAGUUCUGUGUAGAUGAUAAAAACGAAUUUUCACAAAGAAGGUCGAUCAAACCCGAUUGGCACAAAGCACACGCCAGAUUUAUCAUCAACCUCUGCAUGGAGAAAGAACGAGGUGCAAAUAAUGGCAAUAACAACACCGCGGGUAGUUUCUCUUCUUCGUAUGAAUCAUUGUUCAGCUGCGGGUGGAAGAACAAUACGAGCAGCCCGGACGUCUACGUGUGGAGGCAGAGGUACCUGAGGAGCUAUAAUUUCACGAGGGAGGAGGAAUCGUCGGACGAGAGGAAGAAGAAAGGAUUGCGCGGCGUCGUUUUGGGGAAGGUGAAGCGGUGGUACGAACCAGAUGUUCGAGUGUAG